AUGGCUUGUCCUCAUCUUGAGUCGAUCGGGCUCAACCCCCCUACUCCAGCUCAGUCUGUUUAUCGCGAAGACUGUACCCAGUGUUUUGACUCGAUUGAUGACCCCGCCGGCCUCGAUGUCUGCCUCCAGUGCUUCAACGGCGGCUGCGCUGGUGACCGUAUGCACAACAGGCUCCACGCUGCCUUGAAAAGCCACCCUCUCGCCCUCAACAUCCGCCGAACUCGAAAAGUUGUCGAACGAGAUGAGCCACCUGCCAAAAUGUCCAAGCUGGCCAUCGCUGCCGAGACCGAGGAGGAUCGAUAUGACACUGCCUUGUCCGUCAAAUGUCUCGAAUGCAAUACCGAGCUUGACCGAACAAGCCCGAAGCUCGCCCCCAUGGUUGACAGCAUUCUCAAGGCCAACACCUUUUCCCGAAAGGAGGAGGUCAAGGCCUGGGAACAGGAGUUGACCAGCUGCGAGCACAUCCUGAUGCUUCAGCAGCACCCUUCGAGAAAGAUUGAGCAAGGUGUCUUGGGCCACUGCUACGCAUGCGACUUGAAGGAGAACCUCUGGCUGUGCCUGGAGUGUGGCAACCUGGGAUGUGGUCGCAAGCAGAUGGGUGGUGUUGAUGGAAACUCGCAUGCAUUGGCUCACUCGAACGAAUCUGGUCACGGAGUCGCUGUCAAGCUCGGGUCAAUCACCCCAGAGGGUACCGCAGACAUCUACUGCUACAAGUGCGACGACGAGCGAGUGGAUGACAACCUGGGCGAGCAUUUGGCCCACUGGGGCAUUGUGCUGGCGGAGCGCCAAAAGACUGAGAAGAGCUUGACCGAGAUGCAAAUCGAGCAGAACCUCAAGUGGGACUUUAGUAUGACGACCGAGGAUGGCAAGGAGCUCGUCCCCCUUUUCGGCCCUAGCCUGACUGGCUUGAGGAACCUGGGAAACAGCUGUUAUCUUGCCAGUAUCACUCAGUGUCUAUUCGACAUGCCCUCGUUCCAGGAGAGAUAUUUCCGACCCAAUGAUGAUCUUCCUCUCGUCCAGGAUCCCGCGGAGGACCUAGAGACCCAGCUACGAAAGAUAGCUGAUGGACUCUUGUCUGGAAGAUACUCCAAGCCUGAUGCCGACGUGGGUGGAGAUGGUAUCACUCAUCAGAAGGGAUUAGCGCCGGCCAUGUUCAAGCAUCUCAUCGGCCGAGGACAUGAGGAAUUCUCCACCAUGCGACAACAGGAUGCAUUUGAGUUGCUGCAGCAUCUUUUCAAGCUCAUUACCCGAUCUCAACACCAAGGUGGUCUCAAGGAUCCUACAGAACCAUUCCGCUUCGCCCUCGAGCAGCGUCUCCAGUGCCUGGGCUGCAAAAAGGUCAGGUAUAGCAGCACUGAGCAAGACAACAUCUUUAUUGAUGUUCCCCUGGAAAAGCUCCCCGCCGAGGAGGGCUCAGAUGGCCCAGCAGCUUAUAAGCCCGUGACCUUGAAGGAGUGUUUGGACAACUUUACGGCCACUGAGAAGGUCGAGCUGACCUGCUCUGCUUGUGGAAGCAAGGAUGGCUUUGUCAAGCGAUACCUUUUCAAGACUUUCCCUGAUACCCUGGUUGUCAACGCUCGGAAGAUGACGGUGGUCAACUGGGUUCCGAUCAAGGUGGAUGUGCCAGUCAUUGUCCCUGAUGAGCCUUUCCCCCUGGAUAGCUAUCUAUCACAGGGACUCCAACCCGGAGAAGAGCAGCUGCCUGACGAGCCAGAGGCCAAAGCCCCGGCCUUUGAACCCGAUGCGACAGCGCUGGCACAGCUGGAGGCCAUGGGUUUUCCUCGUAACCGAUGUGAGCGUGCUCUGCAUGCUACCGGAAACUCGGACGCCAACGCCGCCAUGGAGUGGCUCUUUGGACAUAUGGAGGACCCUGAUAUUGACGCUCCUCUCGAUCUUGGUGGACAAUCUGCUGGAGGUGAUACUGCUGAUCCUGAAAAGAUUGAGAUGCUCGGAGCCAUGGGUUUCGGCGCUCCUCAGGCCAAGAAGGCACUGAAGGAGACAGGCGGCGACGUUGAGCGCGCUGUUGAGUGGCUCUUUAGCCACCCAGAUGACCAGGGAACCUUUGACGAUGACGCUCCUGCUGAAGGGGCCGCAUCAGCAUCAAAGGAGCCUGCUGGAAGUGCAACGCUCCCUGCGACUUUCCAGCUUCGGUCGAUUGUGUGCCACAAGGGCACGAGCAUCCAUGCUGGACACUAUGUCGCCUUUAUCCGAAAGGCGCUGGGUGACGCCAACACCCCAACCUGGGUGCUCUUCAACGACGAGAAGGUGGUGGAAGCGCAUGACGUUGAGGAGAUGCGCAAGUUUGCCUACGUGUACUUUUUCAAGCGGGUCUAG